AUGGCAGACACACAGGAAGCUACCACUCGGCCCAAUGCAUCGGCGAUCACCGAGCACAUCGCCGAAAAAGGCUACCAGUCCCCCCACCUCGCAACAUCCGCGCAAGUCCAGCACAACCUCGAGCACCAACACCUCUGGAUCUCUAUAAUGGGGCAUAUCAUUCCUGGACAAGCAGAUGACUCAAACACAUUAAGCAAAGACCCCCUCCAACCACCGAAAGAACCAAUUCCUCUGCUUUCCGGCUACCCCCCACACCGCGUGUACACACAUCCAGACGAGCAGUUGUACAUGCUAGAAAACGGGAUCCGCGAAGACGACCUCGAGCCGGAGCGCAUGUUCGUGGUCCCAACUACGCAGGGUCAGCCAUGGACCUUGCGCCAUAUGGCUGCUGUGUUUGACCGGCUUCCUGAAUUCAAGCAAAAGGCUGCAGAGCAUGAUCGAUCUGUCGAUCCCACAAGCAUGCAGCCCGAGGCAGAGGGUCUAGAUUCUCAAAAGUCAGAGAAGCUAGCUCAGUACUAUGAUAAGAAGGAGAAGGCUCGUUUGACCAAAGAAUGGGGCUCGCAAAGGGUUUUGCUUGCUAUGGUGGAUAAGGGGAUGGGUGGAGACGGGACGGUGGCAUAUUAUGUUGUGCAUGAAGGCGAGGUGAAGCCGAGGCAGAACUGA